AUGGCGCAUAAACUCUAAGUUCGUUUUGUUGAAAAAAAGGAUUGUUAUAUCAGUCUUCCUUUGAGAAUAGGAAGCUUGACUGAUUAAAACUAUAGUGAAUAGGCUAUUUGCAGAUAAGUUAGACUUACCAGAUUCAAUAAGGAAAAAAUAUAUGUAGGAUAUGCUGCUGGAGUUUCUAAACAAGAAAAUGAAAUAGAAAUUUCAAGAGUAUUUGCAUAGUGUUUAGGUUUAGAGGAGGGAGAGCCAGUUGAUAUUGAAAUAUUAGGAGCUUCUAAUACAGAAGUUAGAUUAGAGCUAUAUGUCACAAAUGCAGAUUAUUAUGAAAUGGUUUGCUCGAUGCAAGAUAAAUUUGAGCAAAAUUUACUAAAUUAAAUUAGCGUCAUUUAUCCUGGUUUGAAGUUUCCUGCAUAUUAUAGUGAUAGUUAGUAUGUUUUGUUUGAAUUCAAAGGGAAUGGCGAUGAUCACUCUGGUAAAAUGAUUAGUCCUUAAGCGGAAUUAAUUAUUUUAUCUCCUGCUGAAGAGAUUUCAAAAUCUAAACAAUCUAAGUAGCAGAAAAAUAAAAAAUAAAAUGAAGAUUAGGAAAAUGAUAACCAAUUUUAAGAUAUAGCAGAUAGUGAUGAAGACAUAGAUGAUGUUGAAUUCCUCCGUUUGCGCACUUGCUAAAUUUAUGGAGAAAACGAUUACAGGUUGUAUAUUUCUAAAAGGGUUUUCACAAAAUAUAAAAUAGCAGAAAAUAAAUUAUACCGCUUAAGUAUGGAGAAGAUUAUAAAAGAAAGCGACUAUACAGAUUUUAAGACAUUUCUUAAUAAGCAACAAAGAGCAUAAAAGGUAAAAAACCCAGAAGAUAAGCAACCCAACUCCAAUAACUAGCAAAAGCUUAAAAAGAGUGAGUAGUGUAUGAUUUUGAUAGGCUACAAAGAAGAAAUAGAAGAUGAUAAUCUAAUAUACUUUAAUGAGUUUAUGCAAAAAGCACUUGGUAUCAAUACUAAAAGCAUAGUUUAAAUAGAUCUGAAAUACGAAUUAGAUAAUAUCAAAGAUAAUAGAAUACUGUCGUUGCAUGAUUUUAUGUCUCCAUCUAACAAAAUAAAGCUGAUAUUUAGGUAGAUUUAUGGUUAGAAUGGGAAAGAAGAUUUACCAGUAGAUCAUAGCUUAAUAUUAGCCUAAAUUAUUAACAGAUUUUAAAGAGCAUAGCAAGAUAUAUAUUAUACAAAUUAAAUUUAUGUUAUUAAUGGAAAUUACUACAUUCUAAAGAUCUUAGAAAUAAUGCAAGAAUCAAAAGAAACUCUCAAGAUGAUUUUAUUUGAGAAUAAUUCAUCUUCCUUGCAAUCUUCUUUAAAUAAAUCUUCUCUCAAUUUGGAUUCUUCUCAACAAGGAUAGGCUUUGAUUUCAGAUACUGCAAGAGCAGCUUAAAUUAUAUAAGAAAAUCCUCAACAUGCCCAAAGCAUAACGAAUAAUUUGAUUUUUGUAAGUUAGCAAGAUUUCUUUUAAGAUUUUCAUGACAAAGAUAUAGUUAACAUAAACAAGCUUGUCAAAUCUAAACUUUCUGUGGAUCCAUUUUAGAAAGUGAAACUUGGUAUUUAUGAUGUUUUAUAUUCAAGUGAAUUAAAAAAGCUAUCAGAGUUUUUAGCUUAAAAGCACUCAGACUGCAACUUAGAAUAAAAAAACUAAAACUAAUCAGUCAUGUGUAUUUAAGGCAAAUCCUAAAACGGAAAAACAUAUACUUGUGAAUAUAUAAAGCAAAAAUACCCUGAAUACUACAUAGAAUAUCUUGAUUUUGCAGAGUUAUAAGAAUAAGUUCUUCUCGAUUAUGCAAAAAAUUAUAUCGCAACAAAAAUAUAAAUUGCUUGCAUUAAAAAGCCCUCUAUAUUUAUAUGUGAUAACAUAGAAAGGAUGUGUAAAAAUUUAGACAGAAUUGACUUCUAACAAUUUUAAUUGAUUUUAGUUAGUGAAAUCAUUUCAAAAUACCUUAAAGAUUAAAUCAAAAAAUAUUCUCAUGCAAAUCCCAGAGUUAAAUUUAUAUUCCUCACAGAGUCAAAAGAAAUAAUUAAUUCGAACCUACCAAAAAUUAUUGAUGUUUACAUGAAUCUGGAAAUAGCCAACUAUGCAAAAAGAAAAUAACUCUUUGAAUAUAUUCAUAAUACUUGCAAGAUUGAAAUGAACGUUGAUGAAUUAGGUUCAUCAACAGAAAACUUCACUUUGAAUGAAUUCUUCAUUCUGGCAUAAAAAAUCUACCAAGAACAAACAGAUAUCAACCAUAAUUAAAUACUAUAAAAAAUUUCAGAUCUUUCAAAUAAAAGUUUUAAAAGCUCAAAAAAUUUCCCUAAAUUUGAACAUGUAGGAGGUUUGUUAGAAGUAAAGGACACCAUUAGAGAAACCUUUGAAGUCCCAAUAAAAUAUGACUUUUUAUUUAAAAAUAUACCUAUCAAAUUACCUCGUGGUGUACUAUUGUACGGUCCUCCUGGCUGUGGAAAAACAUACCUAGCAAAAGCAACAGCUAAUGAAUUAGGUUUGAACUUUUUUAGUGUAAAAGGUCCAGAAAUUUUAAAUAAAUACAUUGGUGCAUCAGAAUAGGCUGUUAGAGAUGUAUUUGAAAAAGCAUAUUCUGUAAGACCAAGCAUUGUAUUUUUUGAUGAAUUUGAUGCUAUAGUGCCUAGAAGAAACUCAGGCUCAACAGGGGUUACAGAUAGAGUGGUUAAUCAAUUUUUAUGUUACCUUGAUGGUGUCGCUUCAUUAGAAGGAGUUUGUAUACUAGCAGCCUCAAGUAGACCAGAUUUAAUUGAUCCUGCUCUACUUCGUCCAGGUCGUAUAGAUAGACAUGUUUAUUUAGGAUUUCCAAGCGUAGAAGAAAGAAAGGACAUUUUAUAGAUUUAUGGUAAAAACUUGAAAAUGGGUGAUGAUUUGAGCUUUGAGGAUUUAAUAAAAGUAACUGAAAACUUUACUUCUUCAGAUAUUGUUGCUUUCUUAAAAGAAAUAAGAAUAAAAAUGGCUCAUGACAUGAUUGAAGAAAAGAAGCAAAAUGAAAACUUUGAAUUUGAUUUCACUUUAACUAAGUAGUUCUUUGAAAAAACAUUUAAGUCUUUUAGGCCUUCUCUAAACCUAAAAGAUGUUUAAAAGUUUGAGUCUAUGUACAAAAAAUUCUCUGAUCCUAAGGCAGUCCAGGAUAUUUCUAAACAAAAAUAGACUUUAAACUGA